GUUUAAAUUUACAAUUAAUUAGUUAAGUAAUAUUUAAUAGAUAAUUUCAUUGCAUAUUCUUGAUUUUAAGACGAAAUUUGUAUUUCGGAUAAAAUUCCGAUGUGAUUUCAAAAAAAUUGUCACAUGUCAUUUAGAUAUUCCUAAUAGGAUAUGUUGAGAAAGAAAUACGCAAGAUUGUUUCCACAAACAUUUUCUAGAAAGAAAGUUAUUGCACCAUACAAUAGCAAAAUUAUAAAGAAACAGAGAGCGUCAACUCAAGAAGAGAAUAGGACAGAUUACAUCAGAAGAUACACUAGUGAAAGCAGUAUAAGUUUGAAUGAUUUGAACGAUUUUUCAUGCAAUAAUCCUGAUUUACACGUAUUAUUACUAGAUGCUGGGCAAACUUUGAAAAUGACCACACGUGCAAUAGGUUUAUCAGUGUACAUUGUCGAAGUAGGAUCUGGUUGGAUGUAUCUCCUGACAGGGCAACAGUUGAUAAUAGUACCUUCCCAUUAUCGUUUUCAAAUAGAAGAAGGUAAAACCAUUGCUGCUCAUGUGGCAUUCAACAGAGAAUAUGUUUUGGUGGAGGAUAUUAAGGAUGAUAGAAGGUUCUCUAGAGGAAGUGGAUUCCACAACGAUAUUGCCGAGUCUAUCUUGUGUGUGCCAGUUGUGACUCCAGACGGCGAUUGUUUCGCUGUCUUCGAGUUGGUUAGGUCUGAAUACGAUGAACCCUUCUCAAAGGAGGAUCUCAAAAUUGUUAUUGUACUUACUGGAUGGAUGGGAGCGGCAAUACAUCAAAAUUUGCAGAGAGUUGCCAUGACUAAGCAGGAAAUUUUGCACGACCAGUUAUUGCAUAUAACUAAGUCUUACUACACUGGCAGUAUUACUACCACCAAGAUGAUAACUGAGUUAGUUGCUCUAGCGAAAGAAACUGUAGACGUUCAUAGAGGCUCCUUUUACGUUAUCGACAAAUCCAAGGAUGAAUUAACAGCUGAUGUCUAUGAAGAAGGUUUGGACGAGUACAACUAUCAACUUAUUAAGAAAAACCUUCCGAUCAAGCCCUUGCGAAGAGAUAGGGGUGUUGUGACAAUAGUUGCAAAAUCUGGUUUAACGAUCAAAGUGAAAGAUCCUGCCAGAGAUCCCAGGAUAAGCAAAGAACCUGAAUUGAAAAGUGGCAUACCUAUUAGGUCUCUGCUGUGCAUGCCCAUAACUGGUCAUGGAGGUCUUGUUGGAAUAGUUAAACUACUUAACAAAAGGUAUGGAUACUUCACGAAAAAUGAUGAAGCUAUUAUGAAAAUUUUCGGAAUUUACGCUUCCUGCUGCUUACAAUAUAAUACUCUGAAGCAGCGUGCAAAAAAGUUGGAUCUGAUCAACAUAAUUCAUGACAGGAUAUUGAAUUUGCUGUUGAUUCCAUGUAGGCAUGAACAAUAUCAUGCUAAACGAGUGAAUGUUGUUGCACCUUCUGGUUUCUUAGAUUUCAGGUGGUACAUACCUGAGGGAAUUUUCAAUCAUGCACCUUAUUUGGCCACACAUAUGAUCCGAGAUCUUAUAGGUACUAGCGACAUCGACUAUAAUAAUAUGACGAACUUCAUGUUGGUGGUGAGGAAGUUGUAUAGAAAUAAUCCUUAUCAUAACUUCGAGCAUGCAUUCAACUUCAUGCACAGCAUGUACAACAUUUUGAAGAGGAAUGCUCAUAUAUUCUCCCCGAUGGAGAUCAAAGCUCUCCUCAUUGCUGCAAUUUGUCAUGAUAUAGACCAUGGUGGAUGUACAAAUAACUAUUUGAUUCUCACCAACGAUGUUAUAUAUCAGCUGUAUCACGAUGCGCCUUGGGAAAAUUAUCAUUAUAUUGUUUCUGCUAGGAUAAUUCAGAUAUAUGAUCUAUUCAAAUAUAAUAGUCGAAAUCAGAAAAUAUUUCUGAAUGAAGUAAAGGAAGCCAUUCUUUCCACUGACCUUCAACAGCACUUCAGAAACAGGAAAACGCUUUUCACCGUAGUAAACGACCAAUUAUUUGACUUUUCGAAUACUAUACAUCGGAGUUUGAUGAAAGGCUUGAUGAUGACCGUUUGCGAUUUAUCAGCGCAAUGUAAACCUUUUCAUAUCGCGAGAAGGAUCACCGAGAACGUUUAUCGAGAGUUUUAUGAUCAAGGAGAUCGUGAAAAGAAUAUGGGUAUUGUACCAUUAUCAAUGAUGGAUAGAGAAAAAGAAAAUCUAAUACCAGAAGAUCAGAUUCAUUUCAUUUCUGUAAUUGUAUCACCAGCAACAGAGCUACUCAGGUCUCUUAUGCCUAACACUGUUGAUCUGAAUAAAGAGUGCAGGAAUCUCCAGUCUUCUUGGCAAGAUAUACUAGAUUCUAGGGACAGAAAAUCUAGGAAAAAAAAGCUUUCUGAUUGAAUUAAUAAGGGAUAAAUAUAUUUUUAUGUCCAUAUAUUCAAAUAUUCCUUAUGGUUCAGAGGAAUAUAAUUCUUUAACACAACUCUUAUUUCAAGUUUUCAUAUACAAAAUGGAACAAUGAAAAGAGGUGAAAAGUGAUAUAAAUAAAUUUAUUAGAGUAAUACAACAUGAAAUCUGGAUCUAUACCUUAAAUAUAUUUUACAAUUAUUAUAAUAAAGCAAGGAAUAGAAUAUAUCCCAAAAAUAA